UUUAAUUUGUACAAUAAUUUGUUAAAAUUUUAUAAUUUGUUAUUUAUUUCAAUAUUUAAAAUGAUUCCUUGUGAAAUAUAAUUCACUAAUUGCGUUAGUGAAAUGUUAUCUACUGUACGUAGUUUCGAUUUAGUGUUAUUAGAAGAAGGUGAGGAAUAUGUUACUGAUGCCGCCUGUACUUUAUUCACUCAUUUCCCCAAUCAAUCCACCGUCAACAACAAUAAUCUCAAUUCUACCAAUAAUAACCCAAAUCAUACAAGCAAUGUGAAUAGAAAUGUUUAUAAUAAGGGUAGAAUAAGAAUAGGUACAAAAUCAUUGAUAUUUGAACCUGAUUCUCUGGAUAUGCCAUUACUCAAAUUACAAUUCCAGCAUAUUACACAUAUUCAACAUCACAACAAUAAUAAUAUUAGCAAUAAUUCGCUUAAUAUCGUGAGUAACUCGGUGAAUAGUAUGAAUAAUGGGAUGAUUAUGGAUGAGAAUGGAAUAUUGGUGUGUAGUAAGCAGGUAACAUCAAUUCCAACAUCAAUAUAUAAUGGAAAAUCAAGAUUCAUCUCACCAUAUACAACUUACACAAUCAAUAACUCAACCAGCAAUAUCACUAAUUUAGGUAAUAUAAGGGAUGCAGGAUUGAGUAGUUUGGAAGUUGAUAACAUUUCCUGUUACACGUUUCUAUUUAUUUAUUCCACUUCUGAGCUCCAAAAACAACAAUUUAUAAUCUUUAACUCUUUGUUAAACUCGAUACAGAAUUCAAUUCCAGUCCCAAACACUAUCCCAUAUGGCACUGGAGUUGGCGGGAUAUCGAUGGGAAUAAUACCAAAUAGAGAAAAGCUAAUAUUAGGAGUUGGGAAAGAAUCGAUUUACUGUUGGCGCUUGAAGCGGAUGGUCAGACAUGGUGGAUUUUGUGCCUUAACUGACCGCGCCUUAUACUUCCAGCCCUCACCGAAUUUCAGCAGAAAAUUAUUUAAAAGGAUUAAUUUAGACAGUGUUUUACAUAUUUUUAAAAGAGAUAGUGGUUUGACUAGUACUGGAGAGUGUUUAACGGCUCUGGAAGUUGUCUCUCUUCCCGAAGAAAUCACUGAUAAAAUUAAGAGGAAACAGUACAGAUGCAUUUACUUGGAAUUUAAACAAGGCAUUGACAGAGAUAAACUUGUCAACGCACUCAAAGAUAUUGUUCCAAAAGCAUUUUAUGCAAUUGAAUCACGUGGAUUUCGUAACGAGAUGACGGAAUUAUGGCGGAUGGGACUGCUGCCCAACUUUCAAUAUUUGGACUUUCUAAACUGUAUCGCAGGCCGUAGUAGAUAUGACAUAUCGCAUUACCCAGUUUUCCCCUGGGUUCUCACUGAUUAUUCGUCCUCAACACUUGACCUCGGUGAUAAUAGGGUUUACAGAGACUUAUCCAAACCCAUCGGAUCACUAAAUAUAGAACGACUUCAUUUAAUUAAAAAAAGAAUGUACAAUCUUUUUCUAUCCAAUCAAGUGAAUAGUAUGGACAAAAGUUUGGAUAAUUCCAUGAAAAAUGUAAAGAAUUGUAAAAAUCUGAAGAAUCGUGAUAACAGUGGUGGAAAGAAUGUGAAUAACCGUGAUUCCAGUGGUAACACUAAGAGUACGAAGAUUGUAAGAGGAGGAGAUGAGGAUUUAUGGGAUAUGGGAUAUUAUAUAUAUGGCUCGCAUUACUCUACACCUGCUUUGAUAGUGUUUUUUUUAAUACGUUUAUUACCAGAAUGUCAACUAAGGCUUUAUGGUGGUAGAUUUGAUUCAUCGUCAAGAACAUUCAAUAAUAUACAACAUACCUAUGAAAAUGUGAUGAACGGACAUUCAUCAUUUUUCGAGUUAAUUCCGGAAUUCUACGAGAGUAAUGAGUUAUUUUUGAAGAAUUCUCUGAACAUAACUACUCAGGAUGGUCGUUUAGGUGACGUAGAGUUACCCAAGUGGGCCCACAAUAGUCCAACUCAGUUCCUAAAAAUCAUGAGAUCAGCUUUAGAAUCAGACUACGUUUCUAAAAAUUUAACUAAUUGGAUUGAUUUGAUAUUCGGUUAUAAACAAAGUGGACAGAACAGUAUAAUUCAUAAUAAUACGUAUCAUCCGUUGACGUAUUUGGGAAGUGUUCACGCUGGGAAGUUGAGAACUACUUCUGCUAUUCAAAACCUCUUGAAGACUAUGGACUCUCAUGCUAUUUCUGUACAAGUUAGAGAAUUCGGUCAGUCUCCAAUAUUACUUUUCGAUACGCCACAUCCCAGAAAACUGGUGUUUAAUGAGUUUGAUGUGGAUGAUGUGUACUAUAGUUCACCUUGGUUUAUUUACGUUGAGAAACACUCUGAGUUAUUCUCAAAGUCGAUUUUUUCCAGGUCAGCAGAGUCUGCAGAAUCCUUACGCUUGAACCGAGCAAUACUCCCAACCCAUUCUGGAGGUCAUUUGUACCAACUUACAGAACUGCACUCUGAUAAUAAACUCAAAUCACUUAAUCUGGAAACAAUUGAGAAACUUAACAAUUUGGGAUUUCUUCCUCAUAACUUCUAUUACUUUCUCACUUCCGGUUCCAUCCAAUUCAAUCGCUUCAACAGCAAUACUGAUGUUGACACUACCAAUACUAAUGGUGACACUGAAAGUAUUGAUUCCGAUGUGGAUAAAUUAAGUUUAAAUGUGUGCAGAGAGAGUUUAAUGUGUGGGAUUGAGAUAAGUAAUUUAUUAUUUACGUGUGAUAGUUCUGGUCAUUUACAUAUCAUUGACUACAAUUUACUACUCAAUGAUGAUAAGGAAGAAAUAUUCCAUAAUCACAUGUUCAUACCUGAAAAUUCCACUAAUUUCGAUCAAGGAAGACACUUUACCACUUUUAAAUUACAUGAGGAUGGUAUAAUGUGUAUUGAUAAUGAGGAUGAUAAUGUUGUCACGGGUUCACUGGAUGAAACUGUACGUCUAUUCCAAAUCACCAAUACAGACAUGAGGGAGGUGAUGAUAUUUGAUGAAUCAAGCCCAAUAGUAUCAUUAUGUUUUAGAAAUGAUUUACUACUGACUGGUGUGAUGAGUGGGAGUUUAAGUUUAUAUGAUGUGAGAACACCAAAUACACCAAUUUGGUCCUACGAACCAACCACUGAACGAAUAAUACUUUCGUGCGGAAUUAGUAAUCAUUUUAUCCAAGCAGUUUCUAAAAGCUUAGAUCCAAUCCUCUUCUGGGAUAUUAGAAUGCUAAACUCUCUAGGCUCCUGUGAUUCAUUUAUGAAACAAAUCCAAACCAAUGUUCUACCACUUUCCUCCUAUUCUGAUUUAGCUGAUUUCAUCUCAAUUACUCAUAACACUGAGGAUACUGCGAGUAGUAAUGGUAUGGGUAGUAGUAGCAGUGUGGGCAGUAAGUUGGAAAUGUAUGACUUGAAUAAAAGGACUAGAAUAAUGACUAUGAGCUUGAAUAUGGCUAAUCCGACAAUGACUAGAGUUAACACUAAUACCGAUGAUCAAAUUAAAGCCAUUAUCGCAAACAAUAAAGGACAAUCCAUCGCACUAUACUCUUAAUACAAUACACAUUUUAC